CGUGCGACUUGCUAAUUUAUUUGUGCGUGUGCAUUUGUGUGUGUGUAUGACAAUAAUAGCUUUGUAAUUGUAAUAAUUCUGACUACGCAUUGCACUGCAGCGAAAAAAAAACAUAACACCAAGCCGCCAGAUACAACAACACAACUACAAGUUGCCUGUGUCUGACAUUUUAAGCCUUUGCUUUGCCGCCUUCUCCAAAAAUCAAAUUGCUGAUAAAUAAAUACAUAUGUAUGUAUAUAGAAACAUAUGUACAUAUAUAAAAGGGCAACAAGAGCAGCUGCUGCAGCGUCGUCAAGUGCGUUAAUGCCGUGAAUUAAAUAACAAGUAACAGAACUAUAAACUUUUUGUACAAGCAAGAACAACAAUAACAAUAGCGAGCUUAUCACACCAGACACACACACACAUACAUACAAACGCAUACACGCAAACCACGGAAGCAGCAGCAGCCAGAAGAACAACAGUUUAUCAUAUUUAAGCAACCGGCGACAGCAGCAGCCCAAAAGCGCAAGCGAGAGCCACGUAUCAUAAGAGAGCAACAAAGAGAGUGAGAGAAAGAGAGAGUGCGUUUACGCCAAAGUGUGGGUGUGCCUGCGUGUAUGUGCAUGUGGAAGCAAGAGGCACAACAACAAUAACAACAACAAAAAUAACAACAACAAAAGCAGUACAAAUAUUCUUUUCUCGAGCAACAUUUUUGCAUUGCUAACUGUUAAUUACAUCAACUCAAAAAAAAUGGCACGCCACUUUGAUCAUAUGUUCAAGCUGCUUAUAAUUGGCGACAGCGGUGUGGGCAAAUCCUCGUUGCUCAUACGCUUCUCAGAUGACACAUUCUCGGGCAGCUAUAUAACAACGAUUGGUGUCGAUUUCAAGAUACGCACUGUGCUGAUCGAUGGACUGCGCGUCAAGCUGCAGAUCUGGGAUACGGCCGGACAGGAGCGCUUUCGCACUAUAACCAGCACAUAUUAUCGUGGCACACAUGGUGUUAUUAUAGUCUAUGAUGUAACGAAUGGCGACUCAUUUGCCAACGUGCGGCGCUGGCUGGAGGAAAUACAAAACAACUGCGAUGUGGUCAACAAAGUAUUAGUGGGCAAUAAGAAUGAUGAUCCGGAUCGCAAGGUGGUCAUAACAGAGGAUGCGCAACGCUUUGCGAGACAAAUGGAUAUUGAACUGUUCGAGACAUCCGCCAAAGACAACCUCAAUGUGGAGGAUAUGUUUCUGUCGAUAACGCGGCAGGUGUUAAAUCACAAACUGCGCACAGCCUCCGACGAUCAGGAGAAGGGACGUGGCAUUGUUGUCAAGCCACAGCGAGGCGCAAGGAAACAUAACAAAUGUUGCAGUUGAAACAUCGACAAUGCUACUUCACUGGCGGCGUCAGCAGCACCACCACGAGAAGCAAGUGGCGCAUAGUACAGGUUCAUGUGGUACAUAGAAACA